CUGUCGGAUUUCAGGAGCCACGACGCUUAUUUUUAUAAUCUUAAAAUCUCUUGUGAUAUUUUUUUUUAAUUUUUGCGAUAAUGCUAUCAGGUGAUUCUCAACAAAAUUUAAGUUAAAUUUAAAAUAGGAGUAGUCAGCAGAAAUAUUUGCAAAUUUAUUUCUUGCUUCUGUUGUUAAGACCAAGGCUGUUCAGGUAGAAAAAAAUAUAAAAAUUCUUCUUUCGAUUGCACAUUCAAUAGUAAGUCUUAAGAAAGAAUUCAUAAAGGCUUUUUUUGAAAAUUUGAUUUUUCGGUAUCAUCGUAAUGGAUAAUAUCACAUAUGAAGAAAAGCAAGUGGUUGAAGAGUUGAAAGAACGAACCAUCAAGGAUGUGAGUCCGAAAAUGCUGGAAGAUGUGUCUCUCUUCUACCGAUUUGCUAAAGCACGAGAUUUUAAUCUUGAGCAAGCUGAAGCUAUGCUGAGAAAACAUCUUACCUGGAGGAAAGAAUUGGGAGUCGAUACCAUACUAACAGAUUAUCAACCAUCAGAGUUUUUGCUUAAAUACGUUCCCUUGAGUAUUCCCUGUUACGAUAAAGAUGGGUGUGCCGUUAUGGUUCAUGACCUUGGUCGGGCAGAUGCAAAAGGUCUUUUGAAUGUGGUAAAGAAAACGGAUGUUACGAAGUAUUUAACAUAUUUCCUUCACCAAAUGAAAGAGAAGGUGAUCAAGGAGAGUGAAAAUGGAAAUAAGCGUUAUCAACUUGGAAAGCCUAUAUUAACCCCAAUUUACGAUUUUGAUGAAUUAACAUAUGCAAAAGCUGUGAAUGUGAAAGGUUUACAGUUGGUAAUUCACACUGUGAAGACAUUUUUGGAUAAUUAUCCCGAAUAUCUCCACACUAUAACGAUCAUAAAUGCUCCCAUCUAUUUCACAUGGUUGUAUGCUGCCUUGAAACCACUUCUUCCCAUCACGGUCAUUCAAAAAAUUCGAAUUUAUGGUACAGACGAUUGGAAGGAAGCCUUGUUGAAGUUAAUUGAGCCGGACGACUUGCCAGCUUACCUCGGAGGGAACAAAAGAGAUCCGGACGGAAAUCCUUUCUGCAAAUCCAUUAUUGUUUUUGGUCAAACCAUUCCUAAAGACUGCCAAAAACAGAAGAGAAAAAGAGAACUGGCUCUGCAGUCUGAUGUUGAAAAAAUCACUGUGUCGCCAUUGUCCAAAGAAGAAAUAACAUUCAAAGUAGAAGAGAAUUCGUAUCUCGAGUGGGAAUUUGAAACAAAGAACAGAGACAUCGAUUUCUCUUUGUCCUUCAGAGGGAAAUCCCUGGAAAUCUUUGAAAUUGUUGAACUCAUCCCUAAAGAAAGAAUAGAUACAAAUUAUGAACCUGAGAAAGGGUGCUUUUUAUGUGAGAAAACAGGCAAUUAUACGAUUGUUUUCGAUAAUUCUUACAGCUGGCUUCAUUCCAAAGAAGUAUACUACAGAAUUGGAAUAAAGAGUCAGAAGAACAAUGAAUUAUUCAAAUAGAAAUCUCAUCUAUCCUAGAGUUAUCCAAGGAUUUGUCUUGAAUCUUAUGGUUCAAAAAAAUUCACUUUAUUAAAGUAUUGAGGCAGACUGACAUCAAGAACUUAAUUGACCAAAAACAAUGCAAUCGAAUCAUCGAUUUCUUUGAACUGUGGAAUUAAUGUAUUAUAGUUUUUGUAUUAAUUUAUAUAGGGUGCUUACACUAAUUCUUAUCCAAUAAGAGAUGGAUAUUUACUUACUUUUGAAAGAUUAUUCUAGAGGGUUUAACAAAUAUUUUAUGCUAAAAAAAAUCACCUAAAUUUUUAUACAACUUCUAGUUUCUGUUAAUCACUUUUUUUUCUGUAAAUAUCACAAAGCGACAUUUUAAAUAAUAAAGGUUCUACUUCUGAGCUAAAAUAUUCGGAACUGUGAAGCUAUGACUAUCACUGCUUUCAAUGACUUUAAACCAUUUUGAUAACCACUUGAAACAAGGGUAUAGAAUUAAUGUUCAGUGCUUUCUCGACGCCUCUGUUAAUUGGUUUAAAAUAAUAAAAAUCAACUGUUCUUAAAUCAGUUUAUGUCGCAGAAGAAUGUAAUUUUCCUUUUAAAUUUAAAUUGAUUCCAUAUCAAUAAUAUUUUAUAAUAAUAGAAGUAAUACAAUAAUAUUUUUAUAAUAACAGUAAUUUAUAAUAAUAGUAUAUAUAAUAAUAAUUCUAGGAUUAUGUAAAAAAAAUCGACAUUGAAACUUUUUCAUGUGUGUAUUUAAUGACACAAACAAUUUACGAUUUUAUUUCUCACUUGAUUUUGAACAUUUUGUCAAUUCGAAGUAUAUGCCAAUGCCAAAUGGUUUCGAAAAUAACGUGUCCCAAAAAUGACUGAUGGACUUUAAAAAUCAAUUUAAAAAAGAUGGAAUGCAGUAGAAAUGUUGGCUUUGCCGCCUCACGCAUAGAAAAUCAGGAAAUUGUAUCCUACCAAAUUCAAAUUUAGUUAAAGUUAUCACCCAAAGGUGGCGCUGCAAAAUUGGAAAAAUAAAAACCACCAUGAUAAUGUUGCAAGGACUGUUACAAAAAAUUAUGCUACGUUCUUUUCAAUAUAACCCCUUUUUGCAGCAACAACGUAAUGCAGUUUGAAGUAAAAAUAAGAUUGGUGAAUGAGAUUCCAAAUUAGAUUCCCUUUAAUUACACCUGCAGCUCGUUGCUGAUCGCCUGUAGCGCCAUCUUUUAUUCUCAAUGUUAACUAAAUUUUCAAUUUGGUAAAAGAAAAUUCUGACUUUGAUUUAUUCUCUUAUUUCAAAUAAACUGGCAAGAAACGCUUUCACAUAUGUGAAAUGAAAUUAAUAUAUAACUUAAUCUUCUUGCUUUGGGCAACAAAACAAGAAUUCUUUAUAAAACUUCUUGCAGCUAAUAACUUCCUUUUGCUUUCGUGCUGAAUAUUAGUAAUUCUUUAAUAAAUGAAUUUACACUUAUUGAUUUUAAGAACUUUAUAUUAACCAAAGUAUUACUGGAUGCCUUCGAAAAUGUGGCAUUAAUAGGGAUUUGAUGCUAAUUAAUGCUUAUAAAAAUUUAUAAAAAGUAAUUGUGAAUGAAUGUCGAAAAAACGAAUCGCAUCCUAAAUAAAUUGCUUUAACUCAAUAAUAAUUAACUCAUCAUUUCAAACCAAUCCUAAUUAUUAAAGUAUGUUUCAAUGGAGUGUUCGUUUCUACAUGAUCUAUUUCUUUUGUUAACAAUGAAUUGAUUUUUAAGAAAAGAAAUCCCAAAACCAAAUAUUUCAUCAUGAACUUGGAGAAUCCUUAGCUGUAAAUCAUUUUAAAGGAAGAAUGAAGUUAAUAAUAUUUUCAAAAUUAAAAUGAACUUUCUGUAAGUUAUGCUUUUUAACGUUGAUGAAAACUCAUUAGUUCAAAAUGUAGGUAAUUAUGCAUAAUGCAAUUUCAACAAAAGUAUCUUUAUCGUUUACAGCAUCAUUUGAGAGAAUAUGCAUAAUUCUUUUCUGGAAAUAUAUAAACCAUUAUCCUAAUUUUUCACUUUCUCUCUAUUUCGACUUUAAUAGAUCCAAUUCCCACCUUUUCUUAUGAAGGAAUCAGUAAAUUAUCACCAACAUCAUCUUUCCAUCAGCGAUAUCUUUCACUGAAAUGCUUAUCCCAAUAUAUUGUCUCGAAUUUAUAAUAUUUCAACCCUAUGAAGUUAGUUUUAUUGUAAGAAAUAAAGAGAUAUGUUAAUGGCUGUUGAAAUGGAUACCAGUUUAAAGAAGAGAAGACAUUAAGGCGAAACAACAAAAAUAAAAGAUCCUGAAUAUUCAAGGAGUUUGACCAUAUUUCCAUUAGUACCCGAGUUCCAGCGUUUGUUCGCAAAUAUUCGAUGUCCUUCCAUUGAAACUAUAAACCCAGAGGCACAUAGAUGAGUCGAGAAUAAUAGUUGAACGAAAUCUCUUGGUGGAGAGUUGAUCCCCAGCGAGUUCUGUCUGAGCGCUUUAAUACUGUCGCUGUUGUUUAGUAGCGCUUUUCGAAUGCUAACUGCAAGCGCUGCUCGUUUGUACAUGUUUCGACUGUGUUUGAUACUCUGUAUUUGUUUUGUAUAUAAUAAAGAAUUUUAAACCUUA